GGCUGGCUUCGUCUAACGGCCGGUAGGCCUACAUUGUAUAAACAAAGUGAAGUCAAGACUUACUCUUGUUGAUGCUGUGCACUAAUCGGCAGUAGUGGAAAAUUGAUUUCCUGUUCACAGAAGUACACUUUGACAUUUAUAGUUUCUAAAACCUGGCAUGGACAAAAAGUGCAUUUAAAAAGCAUCACUAGCUGUUGUUGUUUUUUUUGUAAACAAACCAACAUGGAAGACAAUCAGCAACAUGACACUUCAGGGGACGUUGAAAAUACUGACAAUGAAACAGUCGAGCUAACAAAAGGGCAAGAAAGUUUGACAGAAGAAAAACGGCCCCCUGGCUUUGAGAAUAUGCCUACAGGACUUCCGCCGAUAGAUAUACACGAGCUAGCCAAAGUUCUCAGGGACCCCAACAUGCCAUCGCAGAAAAUUAUGAACGAGGUUGCUGACCAUAUCAUCAAAAAGGCUUCCCAAAAAGAUAACAGCUCCACUGUUGGGGAUGGGGCUUCAGAAGGGAUGAAGAGUGUUGUGGAUUGUAUCAUCGAGGUGUGUCUAAAACAAGAUGAUUCUGAUGAUUCCGAUGAGGAUGAUGAUUAUUAUGAGGAUGAGAAGAUCCUGCGUGAAAUACCGUGUAAAUUCUGUAAUAAGAUAUUUAACAGCAGUAUGACUUGCAAAACGCAUGUCCUAGUAGCUCACCCUCAGCUGGAUCCAUCCGUCUUGAAUAUUAAGUAUUUGUCGGAGAAGGAUGUAAACAAGAAAAAUUCGUCUCGCAGGAGAUCGUCAAGAUGUUCAUCGAAAACAGAGGGUGAUGUUAAGCAGCCGAAUCUGGUUGAGGCGCUUGCUCAGAAUGAAAGCACGCAGCUCUCAGUGACCUCUCCAGAAACACCAUUACCAUGUCUUUCUGAAUCAGUUCAGGGUGCUGCAGAAAGUACAGUCAGUGGUCAGCAGACAGGUUUGGGUUCGGAACCUGUUGCUGAUCUAAACGUUCCUGAUACAAUAGAUACCUGUGAUACCACCAUCAGCGGCUCUUUGACAGAGUCUGGAGUUAGAUUGGAGACUACACAUGGCAGCCCUAGUCAUAGUGUGACAAUGGACUGUGAACAAGGAGAUAGCCAAUUCCAGUCUAACUCACCACCCAAACAUAAGAUGCUAGAAUCAGAAAACUAUGCAGAGACAGCAUCUAAGAAGUCCAGAGUCGAGUCAAACUUGGAUGCCCCUCCAUCAUAAAACUAUUUAUAAUAAUUUAUUUUCAAGUACAUAGUUUGCUGUAAUGUUCACUUCAUGUCGAGACUAUAGAGUUGUUAAAUUAUAGUUACUGACCUCAAGAUGUUUUCAAACGGAGCACUUUUAUGUAAUAAUGACAUGCAUAGUAUUUAUUUAAUAAUUAUUUGUCUUAUAAUUUAUAAACUGAAACCCAUGUAUGUAAUUUUUUUUUCCUUAAUGCAUUAACAAGUACAACUGUAAAAAGAAAUGUUAAGUAUUUUUUUUUUUUAAGGUUAUUAUGUUUAGAUCAUUGUUGGUGCUAGGCCUGUAGGUAUUUUGUUUUUAACACUGAUAGGUAUACCAAUGCUGCUAAGGGGAAUUAAAAGAUUUAAAUUGUAAAUUAAAAUUUAACAUAUAUUUAAAUUCUGUGCUUUUAGCGAAUUUAAAAGUAUCUGCCUAAACAACUGUCUUAACUUGCAUUCACAAAUUUAUUCAUAUUUUUCAUAUUCAUAAUUUCAAUGUCCUCGCCAUGUUUUUGUAUGUGUCUAUUAUGUCAAGGCAAUGAUAGACAAAACAUUUUUAACGCAGGCAGAAAACUAAAAGGAACUAUUUUGAUAGGCCAGAGAUUUUUGUUUAAAUAUACAGUGAGAAUGAUAUUUUUAAAAUAUUUAAAUUAAAAAAAAAAAAAAAUUUUUUUGAAGGUAUAAAUGUUUUGAUAAUAAUAAUGGCAAUAUUUUCAUUUCCGGAGAUUAAGGAUGAGAACAGUGAUUACAGAAACCAAGUUGCGACCCACUGCUUAUUUUGGCAAAGCUGUUGUCUGCUGUAGGUCUAUUAAGUUUUCUUUUUUAUCUUUUUGACGGCAAGUGAUUUUUUUUUUUGUAAUAGUUUAUUAUAAAUUUGGUCCUAAUUGGGACAUAGUUAUUAUUAAAAAUGUACUGAUACGUCAGUCGAUUUCUGAUACAGCUUUUAUUUUCUUUGUUUUUUUUUUUAAUGUUAAAUUUUUUGCAACACUGCUUACAAAUCUAUGAAGAUGAAAACUUUGCGUAAAGCAUGAGCAUGAGGAAAACCCUUGGAAAUAAUUUUUUUUGUAGAGAUUAUUAGAAUGCAGUUCAAUCCACUGGUGUACUUUCAGUACUUCAGAGUUCACAUUAAAAUGUCCUACUGAAAAUAUCUAAAUCUUUGUUUGUUCAAAUCUUCUAAAGCUUUUUGAAAACUUGUUUUAAACAUGUCAUACUGUUUCCUGAAAUUAUUUUUAUAAUUUCUAAGGUUGCUUUCUUGAGGUGGGCAUGGCGGCCGAGUGGUUAAGCGCUUGGCUUCCGAACCUGGGUUCGAAUCUCGGUGAAGACUUGGAUUUUGAAUUUUGGGAUUUUCAGAGCCCACCAACUCUAAAGGCGGUUGGUCAUUUUGCUGGCCACAUGACACCCUGCUCGUUAACCAUUGGCCAAAGAUAGGGAAACAUUUUUCUUGCUUUCUUGAACAAAAACUUAGAAUUUAAUCCCAUGAAAUGAAACAAAUCUUUUUGAGCUAAACUGGCUAAGAAAUCAAGUUUUUUAAAAACUUUUUGACCCCAGAUGUCAUCCAUAAAUGAGGUUUACCUUGUUAUCUAAGCAUUUCAUUUGUUCAUAUGACAGAAAAGAUUAAUUUGCAUUCAAAAUUUGAAUUAUCACAUAGUUAUGUUUUUAAUUAUCGUUAUAAAAUGUAUAUCAGGCCAUAAUGAACCUUGCAUUGGGCCAGAGCUGGCCCCCCACAUUUGCAAAUGUUGUGAUUUGUACAAGUUGUAAGGCUGCACAAGGAUUGGGAUUGUGUCUAAGAUUGUGUCUAAGAUUGUGAAGACAUUGUGUUCUAAACAAUGCAAAUCAAUUCUAUUGUCAUCACAUUUGUGUUAUCAAACUGUCACCGAAUGAAACUCUGCUCCUGUAAUUCUAUUGGUUGAUGUCACUGAAUGAAACUCUGCUCGUGUAAUUCUAUUGGUUGAUUUGAGGUGUCCUAAUGGAAGAAGGCGGUACAAUUAAUAGCACAAAACUUACACAUAAACUCAACAGGCCUAAUGUGCCAUUGAAAGAAAAAAAAAAGGCUACAGUAUAAAGUAUGGCUUGAUUUUUGUUUCAAACAACCUACCUAUUAUUGUUUGUUGUUGUUUUUUUGGAAGGAAGGGGGGGGGGGGGCACCCGGUUCUAUUGUUUCUAUGUUAAUUCUUAGAACCCAUUUCUUCUGGGGCAAAUCUUGUUGUUGGGAUACUGUAAAUAUGUCGAUACAACAUGAGACUCAGUUAAAAGUGGCAUACUUAAUUUUCAUCCAUGAGUGUCAUAAACUUAAAAUAUUGUAUGCCAACUUUGAACGAAAUCAAUGAAUCUUCUGACUUUGUGACCUUUAAUGUGCAUCAUGUAGAUUGAACCAUUUUAUUGACUUUAUUUCAUGACCUUAGGUGUUAUAUCUUCUUCUUUAUAAAACAGUCAAAAUUAUUUUGUUGCAAAUGUGACCAAAUUUUGUUUUCUUCAAAAUCUUCCUUAGGGUAGAUGGUAUGAAGGUUUAUAGGAAUGAAGCCCAAUUUAAGUUUGUAUUUCUUUGCUGUUGAUGUUUUUUGUUUGUUUUGUUUUCUGUUGUUUGUUUGAGUUUUUCUUUAAAUUUAAUGUGAUUGUUAUUUCAUUUCGUCAAAUUUAUUUGAAUGACUAUGUCGAGGGCUGUACAGUAAAUAGGACUUUGCUCAGACCCUGUGAUAGAGUCCAUAACUCGGUAGGGCAACCUUAGCAGUGCCACGGAUAAAUUUGUAGGAUGCGCUGAUUGAGACAAAAGAUUCUCUUUAUCGCGCAUCUCUUCAAGGUGCGCGGACUGGGGUGGUGCCCCUAAGGCAGCUCCUGAACUCAGAAAUCUGUUUAUCCAGUGUUUUCUAAAAAAAACUCGUUUUAAAUUACUUUGGAGAUUUGACUCGCACACUGACUGGGGCAUUGUUUUAUAUUUCCACAGCCGUCAGACAUUUCUCCAAUAACUAGGCUGUCUAUUUCUCCAAGAAGCUUCUGAUUUUCAGACUGGCUACAUUUCAUUAUGAUUUUAACAAUGUCGAAGCUGACAUAGGGUUCAGGGUGUGAUCAUACGUGGGGGCAUUGUAACCUUCACACACCUCUACCAAAAAAUGAAUAAAUUGUAGGCGUUAUGCUAAUAAGUUUAUCGGUGGGCUACAAACUGAGACAUCUGGCAAUGUCCGUAUGCUGUGUCGCCCAAUAGUAUAGGAGGGCCAUCUAUGUCAUUUGACCAGAAGACUGGUUUAGUCACGUGAUAGUAAAAGUUGCAGGUUUAGCCCCCCAAAAUUCUGUAUGUUAAAAAAUGAUUUACCUUUUAGCUAGUUCUUUGCCUGUGUGGUGUUCUUACUUGUAUUGAUUCUGUUGGUUCUAUACGAUGUGUUUCCUUAUAUUGACAAUAAUUUCUUGUUUCGUUUAUACUGUUAGGAUUGACAUACAUGCAAAAUUGAUUUAGCGCUAGACUUUCUAUUUCUAAUGAUGUUUAUACCCAAAAGUCCAUUGCAAAAACUAACAUCUUCCUGAAUUGUUAUCACAUGGGUAGAAGCUAAGUCUGAUUCUUUACUUUGAGUUAUCACAUGGGUAGAAGUAAUGUCUGUUUCUUUACUUUGAAUUAUCGCAUGGGUAGAAGUAAUGUCUGUUUCUUUACUUUGAAUUAUCGCAUGGGUAGAAGUAAUGUCUGUUUCUUUACUUUGAGUUAUCACAUGGGUCUGUUUCUUUACUUGGACUGUAUUAUCACAUUGAUAAAAGGGCCUAAUGUAUGAAUUUUUACUUUGUGUUAUCACAUGCAUAGAAGUAAUAUCUGUCUGAUUCUUUACUUGGACUGAGUUCUCAUAUGAUUCCAAAUGUCUGCCUUUUCAUUCAGGAUUAGGUUUAAAUGAAACGUUUUUUUUUCAAGAUCUUAUGAUGUUUUAUGUGUGUGUGGGUAUCUUAUAGUUUCAAUACACAUUGGUUUGUAUGUCACAUAAAUCAUAAACCUCUAGAUCAGGGGUUCUCAACUUGUGGGUCGCGACCCCCUUGGGGGGGGUCGAUUAACUAUUUGCCAGGGGUCGCUUAAGACCAUCGAAAAUAUGGAUUGCUAUUGUCUACUCUUCUGUUGCUGUAUUUGUGUGUCCGGGGGGGGGGGGGGGUCGCGGCAGAGUGGGGGAUUGUAAAAGGGGUCGCUGAGCUUAAAAGGUUGAGAACCGCUGCUCUAGCUGAAAACGAGGCAUUACUUCAGAGGCUCAGAUGUUUCACGAGACUAAGGGAAUAGUCCCUAGAGCUGCCACUUGUGAUAAGUUACUUGCAUUUUGUAGACUUUCAUUGAAUGAAAUGAAUGUUCACUUUUUUUUUGUCUUGUUGUAUUCCUAGACACAUAUGUAUUAUUGAUCGAUGUCCCUAACUGAUGUCUAAACCUAAGUUUAAAUGUUUUGUUGGCUAAUAUGAAAUCUGAAAAACUCGGUGUUUGUUCCAUGUACACAGCUAUUACAAUGAAUUGUGUUUUUUUUUGAGCACAGAGCAGGAGUGACCGUUCUUGAUUCAUUCUCUCUUUUUUUUUUUCUAAACCAACUAUGACGUAACAGAGUUUGUUCAUUCAUAUGUAUCGCCAUGUUGUUUUCGCUACUCUAGCAAAACCGGCGUAUUUUUUUUUUGUUCUGUUUUGUUUAGUGUGUUAAGUCUCGAUUACUCUUGGCCUCAGUCCUGACCACUGGGAGACCACUUUAGGAUUUCACAAGGCUUGGCGUUGGCACCAACCCUUUCACGGACUUUAUCCGAGGUGCCUAUCACGUACUACAAACUAGGAGCCAUUAUUUCCUUGCCCAUCGUACCCCAUGCAUGUCUUGGGAAAACCAAACAAAACACUUAGCAUUGUGGUCAUGUUCUUUUAUCUUAAAACGUUCGUUUGUUAUAAGGUGUUCGUUUGUUGGACAAACUGUUUUGGAGAGUAAGAUUCUGACCAAGAACUAAUAUUCAUUCUAUUUAUAGACAUGUAAAAUAUGCAGUGUCAGGGUUCAUUUCUAUUUUUUUCAGGUGUCAGAGAGUACACGUCGUAAUGACGUCAUUUGCUUGUAUAAAGAAUGAGUCCCUUAGAUCUGCCAAACAUCGAGGUCGAUAUAUUUUAUUUUUUUCCUUACCGAAAGCACCAAUCAUUACAAUAAUUUAGUACUGCAAGUGUGAUUGAUAUUAUUGUUAUUCUAUCUGUAUGUACACAUUACAGUGUUCAGUUUAUGGCUGUCAUGUAAAACAACACGCCCCCAUAGCGUGUCUUUGACAGCGUCAAUGUUUUAGUUUUUUUGUCUGAUCAAUAUGUCAUGACUAAAUAAAAGAUGUUUUGUAAGAGUAGAUAA